AUCGAUCACAUUUUCAGUAAUCGUCUUAAAAGAUUUGUUGCAAGUCACUUUGCUGACAGAAAGGUCUCUUUAGUUUUUAUCUUAUAAACAUGGAGUUCAUGUCUAGGUCUAAACCAGAUUGGUAUGGAGUCGCAGAGUCAACAGGGACGUCUAUUAUGGCUGUAGAAUAUGCAGAUGGUGUAGUAAUUGGUGCUGAUUCCAGAACUACAACAGGAGCAUACGUUGCAAACAGAGUAACAGACAAGUUGACGAAGGUGCAUGAUCGAAUCUACUGUUGUAGGUCAGGGUCAGCUGCAGACACUCAAGCUGUGGCAGAUAUUGCAGCCUACCAUCUUGAUUUUCACAGUAUUGACUUGGGUACUGCCCCCCUGGUGAAGACUGCCGCAACCCUUUUUAAAAAUCUUUGCUUUGAUUACCGAGAACAGCUACUGGCCGGCAUCAUUGUUGCGGGAUGGGAUGAAGAAAACGGUGGCCAGGUGUAUACUAUACCAUUGGGUGGUAUGAUGGUACGCCAGCCAUUCAGCAUUGGUGGUUCAGGUAGUACUUACAUCUAUGGUCAUGUUGAUGCCACAUACAAGGAAAAUAUGACGAAGGAGGAGUGCAUCACUUUUGUUAGCAAUGCACUGGCGCUUGCAAUGUUCAGGGAUGGAUCAAGCGGAGGUGUUGUUCGUCUAGCUUGCAUUUCAAAAGACGGCGUAGAAAGACGAAAAAUAUAUGGUGACAAAUUACCUAAAUUUUAUGAGGGAUAGCUACAGAUGAAGACUCCGCAAAAGUCUUACUCAUUGUCAUUCUAAGUCAUUUGAAACCAGAUGCGAUUUGGUGCCAUAUUCAAUUUGACUAUGCCAUUGUAAUUGAUGCUGUUUCCAAUAGCAACUUCGAACCUUUGAAGUUAUGCUCAACACUAUCAAAUUUUAUUUGAAAAAUAAAUGUGAUAUGCCCAUAUUUGGGUGUAAUAUGACAUCAUGACCAUAUAUGGGCACAUCACACAAAUUUUUCACAUACAAUAUGAUAGUGUGGAGAGAGCAUAAGAAUGAAUGUGUACCUCAGCAGGGCAUAUAUUUUGUUUUUUGAAUGACUGCAAAAUAAUUCUCUGAAUACAGCAAUUGAAAAGAAAUCUUAAAUAUAAAUGUGUUAGACAGACAAUUACAAUUUAGUGCUUUUGGCUACAUUGCAUUUGUGCAGUGUGUUACCUUAGCCAGUUAUGCUAAUUUCCAAAAUCAAGGAAUUAACAUUUAUUUUACAGAAUAAGUUGAAUAUGAUUUUCUUUCUACGCCUUUUUUUUUUUUUGCCUAAUUGUGAAAUAUUUAGGGAGCCCAGGCCAUCCGACAGCCCCCUGUACUUGAAUCCGCCACUAAUCUGGUUAAUAAGCCUUCCUAACACAUUUAAUUUUAUGCUGCUCCAUAGUGAUACCCAUCGACAAUGAAUUUUGUGAGAAAAUUGGUAACGGUGAAAAAAUGCAAAAUUAUGUAUUUGCGGAGAUGGGUUAAUUUCCGGAAUAUUCUUGCUUGCAUGCAGGAGUGCGGGAGGCCGUCCCAAUUUCCGGGAGACCCCCGUGAGUUCUGGGAGACUUGGGACAUCUGCAAAAAUAUUCUGGAGUUUAACCCACCUGCAAGUUCAUGAUAAUUGCAUGUUUUUACUAAUAUAUUAUCAAUUGUUGCUGGACAUAGCUAUCACCAUUUGCAGCAAAAUAUAAGAAAACAUUUGUUGAAUCACAUCUUCCUGUGAAGUGGCUUCUUACAUCAUGGAACCCCUGCUAUAUUUAGAAAAUACAAAUUUUAUGUUGUUUGCACACAAACACCGGUUGAGGAUACUGUAUAUUUACAAUAAUUCAAAAUAAAACAGUCAAAAGAUUAUGUUUGUGAUCAAUUUAUUAUGUUUUCAGUAGUACAGUAUAUGUACAAAAUAUAUUCAGCAUAUUAUUAAUAUACACACACCUAGCAUUCUUGUAUUUCUAAAAAUAUAUUUACUUAUAAAUAGUAUAAAAAUUUACCUUCACCAGCUAUUUAAAUGUAUUAGGAUUCUCAAAAAAUAAAUAAAUACCAGUAACAUAGGGAAUCUAUUGGUUCACAUUAAUUUCUGAAACAAUGAGCAAAAUAAUAUCUGGCUUGGUGUGAUUAAGAGAAAAAAUGAAUAAAACAUGAAUACUAUUGUUAAAUUACCAUCACCAACGUAUCUAAAAAUAAUGCUAGUGGUAGCCUCCAAAUACAGUAGUUCAAAAAUGACACUAUGCUUAUUAUAUUAUUUAUGCCAACUAUUAAAAAAAAAU